AUGCCCGAAGUCACCGACGAUACCCCAGUGCACCUCACCGAGGUCGACAUCGACCUUGACGUGCAAGAGAUUCUCCUCGCCGCUUCGCAGCAUGACCAGUCCAAGCUGCGCCGCCUCCUCCGCACCCAGUCUGUGCUGCCAGAUGCUGCAAACGUUAAAGACACCGAGACCGGCUUCACACCUCUGCACGCCGCAAUCGCCGCCUGCGAGCCCGAUACAGAGGCAGUCAGCAUCAAUGGCUCAGACUCCAAUCCGAAUGAUCUGGAUGCCGAGACCGUGAAAUCAGCAGUGGAGACUGUCAAGUUUCUCCUGCAGGAGGGCGCUAUCUGGAACGAUCUAGACGCGAACAACGAGACACCCGGCUGUAUCGCGGGCCGCAUUGGCGCUCUCGAGCUGUACGAGCUGAUCGUCGACGCAGGUGUCCGCGCAGAGUUGUUGAUGAACCGCCUCGACGCGUACGAAGAGCUAUCCGAUGAUGACGAAGAGGAAGAGGAAGGCGAGACCGAGGCUGAGACAGCACCGGAACUCGUCGAUGCAUCCGCCGAACCCACGACAGAAACCACAACCACAACUACAACCACCCCGGCCAACCCCGAAGUAUCCAACUCGCAAUAUCUUGAAUCGCGCCUGAACAUCCAAAACGACCGGAUCCUGGACGCAGACCAGAACGGCGUGAUGAUGCGCUGGGAAAGCGACAUUAUGCGCAAGUCCGCGAUAGCACUGCUCCCGACGCCCGGCCUGAAAGUCCUAAACAUCGGUCACGGGAUGGGCAUUGUGGACGGAUUCUUCCAGGAGCAAGGGCCGGCUGUGCAUCACAUUGUCGAAGCGCACGAGGAGGUCGUUGCAGAGAUGAAGCGACGCGGGUGGGAUACUAAGCCCGGUGUUGUUAUCCACCAGGGUCGCUGGCAGGAUAUUCUUCCUGACCUUGUGGCGGCUGGGGAGACGUUCGAUGCUAUCUACUACGAUACCUUUGCGGAGUCAUAUAGUGAUUUCCGGGACUUCUUCUCUGAGCAGGUCAUUGGAUUGCUGGAGCAGGAGGGUCGGUGGGGAUUCUUUAAUGGUAUGGGUGCUGAUCGCCAGAUCUCAUAUGAUGUCUACCAGAAGGUGGCGGAGAUGGAUCUCUUCGAAGCUGGCUUUGAUGUGCAGUGGGAGGAGAUUGCCGUGCCCAAGUUAGACGGUGAAUGGGAGGGUGUACGCCGGGCUUACUGGGUUGUGGAUAAUUAUAGAUUGCCCCUGUGCAAAUUCAUGGAUUAA